UUUGACGAGACGAAAAUAAUUGAACGAAUCGCCGACCAGGAGAGCAGAGUAGUCGCGGAGACAUUCCACAUCAAGCUGGCAGGGGAAGCCAAUACAGUGAACCUCCAGCGUGAGUGUGGAUUGUUCAACACGAACUACAAUGCGUUAGUGUUUAAGCUGCGACAAGUGACGAACAACGAUAGACGACGAAGAGGAAACGAGAGAGGACGCGCACCACAACCGCAAAGUACCCUACUAGACAGUGGUACGUGAUCUCCCAGCUGGAUAGGAGGUAGCAUCAGCUGCGGCGAUCAAAUUGCGUCUGAAGAUGGCCGAAAUGUGAUUAGGCCGAAACGUCACGCAAAAAACAAGUUUGUUUUAUUCGUUCACCGAGAAAUAUCAACAAUAAAGAGAUAUACUCGUUAACGGUGAUUAAACCCAUCAAGUAAAGUCGUUUUGAUCAAGGAAGGGAAAAUGGGUGCUGUACAAGCAAUUCGGAAUAAAUAUGGCCCUAACGGUGAAUUGCUGCUGAGGAGGUUCCAAAGAACGGCAACGAACCUGGCCAAGGACAACAACAGGAUGAAAUUCCUACUCAACUGUAGACGGUGUAAAGUGAUCCCGAAGUGCCUCAACUACAAAAUCCACAUCCAGCUCGGUAGCGGCCGGUCCAGGGAGGAAUUGGAUAAACUGAUGUUCAAACAGAAGAUCCGAAUCCUCAGUGUCAUGGUUGCCGAUGUGAAAAGAUCAAUCGCGGAGUUGCAGAAGAACAAAGCGCACCUCUUCGGAAAGAUCGAAACAGCGUUCGAGAGGGAAGAUGUAGUUGCAGUGAAGAAAAUGGUGGAGAAGAAGAGCCGUUCCGUACACGAAGAGUCGAAAAGGAGAGGAGAGAGAAAGAUAGAGAGGAUGAAAAAUCAGCGGAUAGCCGAAAUGAACAUCGAAGAAGAAUGGGUUGAAAACACGACCGACACCCGAAUCCCGGACUUCUUACAACGAACCCUUUCGCUGGGUCCGAAUUUCAACGUACAGAAUAAGAGAAAAAUGCCGUAUGUUGAAAUAGUAGCCGGUAUUGAAAAGGGGAUUCGAUUCAAGGAGAAUGCUGACGAGAUUCGCGGGGAGGUUGCGUCGGCAAUCACGAAUCAUAUCAACUAUGUCCGACAACCCAGACACGGGAAGUUGGAGUGGAUUGAGAAGGAUAUAGCAGCAAGCAGGCGUUUCUUGGAGGAAAACCCGAACCUGCUCAUAACAAAAGCAGAUAAGGGCAACAAGACCGUCAUAAUUGAAGCAGAAGAAUAUCACGCUAAAAUGAUGGAACUGCUCAACGAUGAAGACACAUACCGGAAACUACGAGCUGAUCCUUCCAAUAGGAUUAUGAGGAAGAUAAAUGCGACGGUUGACGGAUGGUUGGAUCAGAAAUGCAUAGAGAAGAGCGAACACCGGAAAAUGAAAAUUUCGAGCUGUGACCCUCCCAGAAUCUAUGGCCUUCCGAAGUUGCACAAGGAGGGCAGACCGUUGAGGCCAGUAGUUUCGACGAUCGGAUCCGCCACCUACCAGAUGGCCCAAUAUCUGGCAGGAGUCCUGGAAAAUGUUGUUGGAAAAACAGAACACCACGUAAAAAACAGUUUUGAGUUUGCACAACAGAUAACAGGAAUGCAGAUCCCCGAGGAGCACAUGCUGUUUUCAUUGGAUGUGAAAUCGCUGUAUACCAAUGUCCCGGUGCAGUACGCGAUGGAGUGUAUCGAGGCAAGGUGGAGCGAGGUAGCAAGGUAUACGAAGAUUGACAAGCGAAGUUUCUUGGAUGCAACAAGAUUAGUCUUAGACUCUACGUUUUUCAACUAUCGAGGAGUUACCUACACACAAACCUUCGGAGUACCGAUGGGAUCACCGCUGUCUCCGGUUAUAGCGAACAUCGUUAUGGAGCGUUUGGAACAGGAGAGCAUACAGCGGGUGAGUGCAGAACAACUCGAUAUGGUGAUAUACAGGCGAUAUGUGGAUGACUGUUUUUGCGUUGCACGGAGGGAACACGUUGAUCGAAUCUUGGAGAUUUUCAAUGACUUCCAUGAUAGGCUGCAGUUCACUGUGGAGAAAGAGGAACAAGAGCAAAUCAAGUUUCUAGAUAUCAUGGUAACGAGAAAAGAAGGAAUCCUUGAGAAAACGUGGCUACCAAAACAGACGAAGGGACGGUAUCUGGAUUUCAUUUCGGAAAGUCCGUACUCCCACAAACGCAACACUGCGAUUGCCCUAGUGGAUAGGGCUAUCAAGUUGACUGAUGCACAGCACCGCCCUUCGGCCAUCAGUACGGUGAAGGAAAUGUUGAAGUGUAACAAUUACCCUAACUGGUUCAUUCAGAAUGUCUUGAAACAGAGGGUACACAAGCACUACAACGAACUGCAGAACGACAAGGAGGUGGACGAAACGAAGUACAUUCCCACGCCAUAUGUCCCAUGCCUGAGUGAAAAGUUGCAAAAAAUCCUCAAGGAACAGGGCAUAACAUUGGCGGUGAAAGCAAAAUCGAAAUUGAAAAAUGAGAUUUUCGCUAAACUCAAGGACCCGAUCCCACCAGGACAACAUAAAAAUGUGGUGUAUUCGGUACCUUGUGGAACAGGGGAUGGAAAGGUGUACAUCGGACAGACGGGGAGAAAACUGGACACGCGGAUCAACGAGCACAAAAAUGACGUAAAACGGAAAGACAACAGGACUGGAUUAACGCACCACACGCUAUGUGACGGCCAUGUGUUUAAUUUUGACGAGACGAAAAUAAUUGAACGAAUCGCCGACCAGGAGAGCAGAGUAGUCGCGGAGACAUUCCACAUCAAGCUGGCAGGGGAAGCCAAUACAGUGAACCUCCAGCGUGAGUGUGGAUUGUUCAACACGAACUACAAUGCGUUAGUGUUUAAGCUGCGACAAGUGACGAACAACGAUAGACGACGAAGAGGAAACGAGAGAGGACGCGCACCACAACCGCAAAGUACCCUACUAGACAGUGGUACGUGAUCUCCCAGCUGGAUAGGAGGUAGCAUCAGCUGCGGCGAUCAAAUUGUGAGUUGUGGGGGGAAAAAAAAUGUUAAAUGAAAAAUUGUGUUAUGUUAAUGUUUUAA